AUGCGUCCUUCGCCAGUCUUCUCCCUCCGCAUACGCUCCUUCGUCUCUCGACAUGAUGUCGUUCCGCCAGACGCCACGGUCCAAAAGCCCAUUGAGGCAGCUUAUUACCGCGGAGGCACGUCGCGAGCUGUAAUCAUACAACCGCAAGCUCUGCCUAAACACCGCGCAAAAUGGCCGGCCAUCUUCCGCCAGAUAAUUGGCAGUGGCGAUCCUUAUGGCCGACAACUUGAUGGCAUGGGCGCGGGGAUAUCGAGUCUCAGCAAAAUAUGCCUCGUAGAACCCUACGGGAGGAGGAUUGCCCUGCCUGAAAGAGGCACCCGUUUCCGUACUGGAUUUGGCGGCAUUGAUGCAGCACGUGAGAGUGCGCAGGUUGCACAAACCCAGAAAGAGGCACACAGGGCGGAGGAAGAGCAGAAUUUGGACAUUGAUUACACCUUUGUUGGCUUGGGUAUUGAAAAUGACGAAGUUGACAUCGCAGGCAAUUGUGGAAACAUGAGUAGUGCGAUUGGUCCCUAUGCUUACAAUGCUGGUCUUCUCCCAGCCAGAAUAUAUGCUCAAGGUGAUGGAGAGGUCACUGUCAAGAUACGGAACACGAAUACUGGGAAACUGAUCGACUCCACCUUCGAGGUCAUCGGAGCCGAGGCUGCUGUGGCAGGCGACUACAAAAUUGACGGUGUGACCGGAUCUGGCUCCAAGAUCAAGUUGGACUUCAAACACCCAUACGGUAGCAAGACCGGCAAAGUGCUACCAACUGGUAGGAGGGUAGACAAAGUUGGGGGCUACAGAGUGUCUUGCGUGGAUGGUGCAAACCCAUGUGUCUUCAUCCGAGCAGACGAUAUUGGUGUGGAUGGCACGAUACUACCCAACGAUUUCAACAAACUCCCAGAGAAGCUUGCAUUGCUCGAAAGCAUACGUAAGACUGCUGCCGUUGCCAUGGGUAUUGCGCCUACGGAAAACGACGUUCCUCGUACCAUACCCAAGAUCGGUCUCGUAUCCCAGUCAUCUUCGCAUCCUGUGCUGUCAGGGCAAACACUCAAGUCGUCGCAGAUGGAUAUAGUCCUCCGAUUUCUCUCUGAUACACAACCUCAUCGAGCAAUUCCCUUGACUGCUGCGUUGACAUCAGCAGUCGCUGCGCGUAUUCCCGGCACCAUCGUUGAGCAAAUGCUGGCCCCUGAACCUCUGAUGGAGGGCGCAAUCACGAUAGGUCACGCAAGCGGUCGACUGCAGGUCAACGCCACUAUGGGUACAGAAAACAAGCUUUACCCUGUCAGUGGCACGGUAUUCAGAACUGCGAAGAGGCUGUUCGAAGGAAAAACAUUCUGGUCGGACAAAACUGACAAGAGGGAAGAGGCUACGAAAAGUGACAGCCUGUACGGGAGCAAUGGUAAACAUUCCCUGGGCCUAGCUUUCGUGCUGGAGAAUCGGGGUAAAAAUUCAGCCCAUCUUUUCGAAGACUCACAGUCGGCGCAACAACACCAAGGACUCAACGAACUUGAUGUGGACGAAGACGCUGCCCAACAACAAACUUUGGAACAGAUUGAGCAAAACGAACAAUCUCAGUCAGAAGUAAAGGCGCCUAUCCUAAGUCAUAGACCGCUUCCAGAUCCGCACAGAAAACGUCCAGACCUUAGAAAACAGACGAACAAGGAAGAUGCACUCACACACGCUCUCCAAGGCCUUCAUUUAGAACUUUCUACCCUGCUAUCCGACACCGAUCUUACGACUACCGCACAACACUCGACAAGCCUUCUCACUGCGGUUCUGAAAGCACAUCGCUCAAUUCAGAUCAAUGCCAUCGCGCAAAAACGUUCAGCUAAGAAAGCCGUAGGCAAAGAAAAGAAAUUGGAGAGAAAGAAAGCACAGACGGACGCUCUCACGCAAGGACGGCCAACGAGAAACGCUGCUGAGAGGAUCCAGUAG